AUGCGCAAGACCGACGAGCCGCACCGACCGACGUACAGCGAAGUCGUGGCGACGCUCGGGAAGCUCGGGGACCUCGGGCGCAAGUUUGAAGACACGGAGAAGCUGCUAUUGCGCCUUCUGGAGUUCUCGCAAGUCGCGCCGAAGCGGGCAGCCAUCUUGGCGGCCAACGGCAUCCACGUCGUUGCGAUGCACUUGCGCAACGCCGAGAACUCGGUGAUUCAGCAGCGCACGGCGGCCAUUCUUCUCAACUUGGGGCAAAGCGAGAAUGGCCGGCUCGCGAUCGCGUCCUGCCACAGCUGGUCGUGCUUGUCGUACCGCCACGAAUGUCCUCUCGCGUACUUGCUCCAAGUGGCCAUAAACACGCAGGAUAUCGUGCUCAAGCGCAUCUGCAUGGGCGCAGUCAUCAACUGCUCGUUCCACGCCGCGUGCCACGCGCACUUGGACGAGAUCCACGGCACGCCGCUUCUCCUCAAGCUUCUCGACACCAACGAUGAAGACGUUGCCGUGUACACGGCAGCCACGCUCUGGUGCUUGUGCAAGGACCGCAACUUUAUCAUUCGCCUCGAGACGAUCUACUGCCUGCCCGCGGAAGGAUUCAUGCGGAAACUGUCGCUGAUUCUCUGGACCCGCUGCAUGCACUUUGGCCUGGCCUUGACGACGAGCCCGUACUCGUCCGACGCCACCGGUCUGCUCGAGAGCACGGGCGAGAACCUGGACCUCGUCUUUACGACUGCGAUCAGCACGAACCUCUCGCUGCUACUGCAGAUGGAGCACUACAGCGUCAAGCGUGCGCAAGCCACCGUUCAAAGCGCCAUGCAGUACAAGAGUGUGCAAAAGUUCAACCACGACGGCGUCCUCGUCGCGACGACGUGUGCCAAGUGCGCCAAGCCCGUCAAGGACAAGCACCGGCUGAGCUGCGCCAACGACAAGUGCAACGAGGUCUACCACGUGCGUUGCAGCCGGUGGCGGCGCAUCGACUUGCAUACAAUCCAAGACAACCGCGGUGGGUUCUACUGCGACGUGUGCUUUCCCAAGUGUCCGCUCCAGUACCUCGACUUCGCGGCCGCCGAGGGCAGCGCUAUUUUGACCAAGCGCGACUUUGACGUGCUCGGCAUCACGCACGACAGCGAGAACGCGCUCUGUAUGCUCCAGGCGCCGUCGCUGGACGUCAUAGCGGUUGGCACUCGCAAGUACGCUUGCACGAGCAAGCACGACCUCGCAGUGGUCCACAUCACGGCAACGGUGCGGGCGUGCGUCUCGCUCUGCCACAACAACCAGCCACCACUCGCGAUGUCGACGCAAAACCCGUGGACGUUUGAGUGUUUCCAGACGACGGCCGCGUCCGAGCUCACGCUGCAUCGGCUAGCGCUAUGGCCAGCGACCAAAGCGAUUCCCAUCGACCCGAACGCGUACUUGCGCAAGUCAAGAACGGAGCUGGACCAAGCAACCGUGUUCGAGUGCAGCGCCGGCAGCAAGAACGCAUCGGUAUUUGCACUUGGCAGCGCCGACGGCCACGAACUCUGGUCGGCCUUGCACCCCAGCCGCGCCAAGUGUAUGAAGCUCGUCUCGGAGACGCUCGCUGCAUCCAAGGGCGCCCCGAAGACGCGCACCAAGCCACACAUCCAACGCACGCUCGAGCGCCAGCCCAGCGCAGGUCGCAUGUAAUCGUAUCAACUUGAUACUUUUGAGGCGCAACCCGAA